ACCGGAAGUCUGUUUGAGCACUUCCUCCUGCACUUCCGUGUCUACUAAUCCACUUGUUGAUGGAGUGAAUGAAGAAGGUGUUUUAAAGUCAACUCCCUGUUAUGGCGAAUAUGUCUACCGAGAAAUUGUUUUAAAAGCAGUUGGAAGCUUGUUUUUUGUUCAGUUAGCGCCAUGUUAGGCUUGAGGGAAGCCGGCGUCCUCGGCGUCUCCGUGGCUGUGGCGGGGGGACUGGCCUAUGUCGCCUGGAACUACGCAUCCUUUUCCGGGGAGAAGAAGACCGACGAAAGCCAGCCCGCAGAAGACAACAAGGCCGUGGGAGACGAGGGGAGUGGAAAUGCGGGAAAAACUGCUGUUGGUGCCGACGCGGAACCUGUUGCCGCCGCCGGGAGAGCGCAGAAAGUAUCUGAGCCCAGGCCAGUUAAGUCAGAGGGCACCCAGGUCCUGGUCCUGGGUCUCGAUGGAGCCGGCAAGUCCAGCCUGCUGUACUGCUUGGCCAUCGGCAGCCUGGAUGUGGACUUGGAGCCCACACAGGGCUUCAACGCUGUGUGCAUCAACAGGGAAGACCUGCAGGUGGACUUCCUGGAGAUUGGUGGGAAGGCGGAGCUAAGACCUCACUGGCACAGGUACAUGUCCAAGGCUCUGCUGAUGGUUUUUGUGGUGGACUCGUCCGCCCCGCACCUCUUCGCCGUCGCCAAGACGCUGCUACAUGACCUCCUGACCUCGGACCCCGGCCUGCCGCUGAUGGUGCUGGCCAACAAACAGGACCUUCCGGACGCUUGCGGCAUCACCGACCUUCACGAGGCCUUGGAGCUUUCCCGCGUGGGAGACCGCAAGCUGUUCCUCAUUGGCACAUGCGUGAAGAAAGGGGAGGCGGAGCUUAGCUCCGGCGUUCGGGACGCUCGAGAGCUCAUCAUCCAGUUGGCCGGCUGCAAAUAAAAGUCACAAAUCAUUUCGAGUUUUAUUUUCUCAACACAACUGGAGUUUGUUAUCCAUUCAAAUCUUCAUUGGACCUUUUUCACAACUUUGACAAACACAUCAAAGAUGUCAUAUAAACAUGAAUGAUGUCAUAUGAAUACAAGUUUUUAUUUUUCUACCAAAACCUUUCAACACAAGCACAUAUUUUUUACUUUCCUAAAAGUCUUUAAACUACAUGAUUUCAUAUUGUUCCCUAAUACUCAUUCCAACCGCUAGGAGGAGCCAAAGUCAAAGGCAACAGCAGGGAAGAAAGCACACCAAACUUUUGGAAUGUAUUUUUACACCACUUUGCAAUAUUUCUCGACAAAUAAAGGGCGAUAUAUUUUUACAACGGCUUUGUUUUAGUUGUAUCACAUGUUUUCUUAGACGUAUUUAAAUAGUUGUCUUCAUGUAUACUUUUUCUUUGUGUGGAGUGUGUACUAUUGCUGCAAAUGUUAACACUUUGAUAUUUUGGAAAUGUUGAAUAAAAAUGUUAGCAAAAUCA